GUCAUAUUUGUGUUGUCAGUGGUGGUAGUGAUAUCGCGGAGAUAUAAGUGCGGAUGAUUUUAUAGCAUGUUUCAAUAUAUUUAUUAAAUUAUUGAGGUUCUAUAAUAUUUUAGUAACGUAAAAAAAUAUUUUGUAUAAAACAAUUUGUAGCAUUAAGACAAACCGACUUAAUUGCCGUAAAACAUCUAUAAAGUAAUUAAUUUGUACAAAGAUGAUGGAAGUAAAAUCAAAUUCCGCUGUGGAUAUUGAAGAAUAUAAGACUUCAGAUAAAACCACAACUAAUGGCGAGACUGAACUUGAAGCUGAUUUGUUAUCUUCAGAGAAGGAUUUACUUAGAGAAAAUGACACAAAUCCCGAAAUUAUCACUGAUGAUAAUUUGGAUAUAGAUUUAAGUGAUGAUAUUGAUUUAGGAGAGCAAAUAAGUCCAGAAUUGGAAGAUGUGUUAUUAGAAGGCGUGGAAGAAAUUCCCAACGUUGAGACUGCAAAAGGUGAUAUUGUGUCAGAUAUAUUGCUUGAAGAUAUUGACAGCAAAACGAAUACGGGAAGCAAUACGCCUUUAGAAAAAACUCAUAAUCCUGGCGACGACUUAGAUAAAUUGCUGUCAAAAAUUAAUUGCAUCGUUGAUGAAUCGAAAGAAACUCCUGAAACUUCAAAGGUCGUAACAGAAAAUGCACAAAAUAAUUGCAUCUCCGUAGAUUUAAGUAUAGAAGAUGAUAAAACCUCAACUACCACAAAAAUUAAGUUAUUAGAAGACGACACCAUCACAGUAACAGAUAAUGCUUUACAAGAAAUACAUAAGGAUAAAAAAACUGAUCAGGAAAUGCUUAAAGACGCAAACAAUGAAUGUGAUAAUGAUAAAGUAGAUGAAGCGAGUGUAGCAAAUGAAGUAAACAAUAAAUCAGAAACAAAUACUAAUAAAAGUAGUAGUAUUCUAGAAUCAGAAAAUGAAAAUUCGUUAACUCCAAUGACAGAUUUACAGCAAGGAAUUAAAAAUUCUGACAAAAAAUCUGAAAUUGAAAAUUCUAUAGAUAAUAGAACUGAAAUAAUUAAGGAAAAUUACUUAGAAACUUCAACUGAUAUAGUAGAUGAGAAUACAAAUUCUUUAAAGGUAACUCAGGAUGCAACUGACAAUGACAAAUGUACCGAAAUUUUAGACGGUAUUUCUGCAGAAAAUGAUAUUUCAAAAGAUUCCGUAUCUAAAAUUACUGAUAAAUGCUCUGACUCUGCAACUGAACUAAAUGAAAAUCAAGAGAAAGUUGAACCCAGUGAUAUCGAAAACAAAAAAAAUAAAGAAAAGGAGACAAUAGCUACUAGGAAAGAUGAUAAAGUUGUAGAAGAAGUGUCAACUUUAGUACUUGAAGAAGAUGUUGAAAUAGUGUUUCCAAGCACAAUAAAAGAUAAUUCUGCAGAUGAAAAAACUAUAGCAGAUGAAAAAACCUCUCCAGACUUAAAUGCUGAAGACUCUGAUGAUGACGUAGUAUGUAUAGAAGAUAAACCUGCUGAACUUGUUGAGAUAAUCGAUAAUGAUGAGAGUAAAAAAGUCUCUGAUGAUAAAGUAGAUACGCCAUGUGUUGGACAAGAUGACGACGAUAUUGUACUACUAGAAGACGAUGAGGACAUGACAACGAAAGUUUCGAAAAAUACAGAUAUUUCAGAAAAAGUUGAACAAAAUGAAGAAUCAUCGUUGGUUACUUCCUCAACAAGUAUUCAAGGUGACGAUGAGAAUAAUAAAAAAGAAACUACAGAAGAAAGCGAAAAUAAUGCUGGUAUUGAAUGCAAUGAAAAAGUGGAAGCUAAUAAAUCUAUUCCUACCAAAGCUGUGAAUGAAGAAGGUGCAGAAAAAAUGAAUGACUCUGAUUUACACUUUGACAAUUCAGAUAAUGCUAGAGAUGAUUUUGCAGAAGAAAAAAAAGUUGAAGCUGGUAAUGCCAAUAAACGUCAACUAUCAGAAAAAGAUGAAACAAAUAGUAAUUGUAGCUCAAGUAGUAAUUUAUUGCAAGAAUCGAAAUGUUUAACUAUUGCUGAGGACCAGUCUGAAGAUCCAGAUAAUGAAGACGAUGGUGAUAUUGAGUUGGUUGAGGAUUCAUCUUUGAUUGAACAAAAGGAUAAUAAUACAGAAGACAGUGAAGCAGUGCCACCUGCUAAACGUAUCAGACUCAGUCAGGAAAGUAAUGAAUCCUGUCGAAUGAUGGUUGACGAGGAUGAUAUAAGUAAAACUAGCAGCUUCGAAGAUAAAGCAGACAACUCAAUUAGUAAGUCUGAAAUUAAUACUUCAAAGGUAACCUCAGAUACUAGUGAACAACUAGCUGUAAAGCGUACACAUGAUUGUGUAGAAACAGGAGCAAAUAAGGAUGAAACCUUAAAUGAAAAUGACCAAUUAGCUUUGAAAAAGCUAAAAACUGACACCGAUUGUAGUGUAGAGAAAAAAGAUAUAGUCAGUCAGGAAUCAACUAAAACUGCAAAUAUUUCAGUUAGUGACUGUGAGAAUAAAGAUAUUAAAGAUAUUAAGAGCGUAGAUACCGACUCAAAACUAUCAACAGAUAUAAAACAGUUAUUUAAAGGUGAACCAUCCCAAAUAACUAUACCACUAUAUCCUCCACCAAAGUACGAUGUUGAAACUCCAAAUGUAAAACUUCAGUUUUUAAAGAAGUUCAGAAAACCGUUAUCAAAAAUGACAAAAGCAGAUUUGGAGGAAUUAGUUGCUGUGAAAGUUGUUGAAACUAUGAUAUUUAGUAGUGAACUAGCAGAACUUCGUGAAUUGGCUAAUAACCAAGAGAAAUUAUUAACUUGCUAUCGCAGUAAAAUUACUGAACUUAUAAAACAAUUUCGUGAUCUUGAAAUGGUGCAUAACCGCGCAAUGAAAGAUCUUGAAACGAAAAAUUCACAACUCAUUUUACCAGUUAAGAUUACACGUGCCGUUGGUCUCCAGGUGUCAAUACCCCAAAGGAAAAGUUUUACCGAUCAAACUAAUGCAGCUGUCAUCCAACAGGCAUCUGUACCGAUAACUCCCAACAGAUCAUUGCGCAGUGCUACUGCAACACCGAUCCAGCAAACUCCCAGUGUAGAUAACACACCUACCAGAACACCAACUGUUACUCCAACAACUGGGUUAACUCCAAAUGCAAAUUUACGACGUGGUUGUGUACAAAAAAUUACACCACAAAGAGGAAUGGACUCCCCUAUUACAACAAAUAAUACGACCAUAUAUCGCCCAACUACACAGCCAACACAAAAUGCAGCAACUCCAGUGCCGGUAACAAAUGCACCUAAAGUUCUAAAUAAAAAUGCAGCUUCAACAACCUUACCAAGGAGUAGGUUUGCUGUGCCAGCAAAUAGCCCUCAACAUCAGCAGGGGCUCAUGCGGCAGGGAACUACUGUUGUUCGGAAGUUAACACCAAAACCCAAUACAAUACAACAAAACUACAGACCACCCCAACCGAAUACAGUUGUAGAAAAUUAUGUUAACCAAAUAAAUAAACUUCCAACAGGGGUGAGUAUUGCGCCCGCUAAACCAAAAGACAAGCCCGUAAUUGAUUUGACGGAUGAGGAUGAUAUCGUUCCACAAAAUACGCAAGUUUCUUCCAUAAGAACUCGUGUACCUGUUUCAAACAAUACGGCAGCCAAUGUAAAUAGCAGGCCUACUGCAGCACUUUCUAGAGUACCGGGCGCAACACAAAUAAAUUAUAAUAAAUCAGUAAAUACACCAUCACGCCCGCUACCAACAAUGCAAAACUCACAUAGAACGAAUGUUUCUCCUGUCUCGACUCCACCCUGUACAAGUAUUACACGUGUUCAUCUCACAACAGCUAAUCCUGCAACACAGCGUCUCAAGUAUACGCAUCCAGCGCCAUUACCACCAACACCACCACAGCCUGUUAAUUCAACGUGGAAGCUACCUCCGCCUAGGCCUACCAUACGCAUUAGUAAUUUAGAUAAUGGCAUUGUUAUAUCUUGGACUAUGGAGGAAUCAAUGGAACGCCACGCGGAAUGUGUAACGUAUCAAAUAUAUGCUUAUCAGGAAACAUCAGGUCCGCCUUCAGUUGAUUCCUGGCGUCAUGUGGGGGAUGUGAAAGCAAUGUUGCUACCAAUGGCGGUAACACUUACACAGUUUCAGGAAGGACAAAGAUAUUAUUUUGCGGUGAGGGCUGUGGAUGCACACGACCGUCACGGUCCAUUUAGUCUGCCGAAGACGUGGGUUUAAUAAAUAAAUCGUGGAAGUUAAUUUGUAAGUUUAAAAUUAAGUUAAUAGUUAAUAUUUAAUUAAUUUGUAUAAUAGUAAACGGUUUAAGUGAUUGAAUUAACUGAAUUGGGGAUUACUCCAAAUCUUGGUAUUAAUAUUUAAUAUAAAAUAAGUAAUUUAGAAUAACAAACUCCUGCUUUCUCUUGGCUGGCAAAGUAUCCAAUUUUUAUAUGUCCUUCACUAACUUCUUAUAUUAUAGUUUUUCAUACAUAUGGCUGCAGAUCUUAUGUAUAAUUUU